AUAGACAUCCCAAAAUAAAUUCCGCCACAUACCUUGAGACACAAGAUCAAAGUUUCAUUUGUAUGGUUUAACGGUUGUAUCUCGGAACGUAUACUGCUAGGCAGUAGAACUACAAUAGGUGAAUAUACCUGCCCAGGGCUAACAAUACGUCCUACUACAAGAAAAUGUCGUUUGGAGAUCGCAAUAGGACGGUAUACUCAAGGAACGCUGCUUGCCACUCCACGGUGAAUGACUUCGUCGACUUUUGUGACACUGAUGAGUAGAGAUAUUGUAGUGGAUUCUGAUUCUAAGCUGACAUCGCAUCCUCUGCCUCAAUUAGAACAAUCAACGAGCAAAAUUCUAAGCUGUCAAAUGUCAAACUAUUAUUAUUUGUUUGAAACACUGAAUGAAUGAAAAGAUUUACCUCAAUUUGAUUCAUUAAUUAAACUUGAUAACUCUUUUAAAAUACUUAAGUACAGAGUAAAUCUACUUUAUAAGCUAUUUAAAAUAAGUCGUGACUGAUUAUAUAUAAUGUCGACGCCUCCAAGAGAAACAAUACAGAAACAAAUCCAGCAGGAUUGGGCCAACAGAGAAUACAUAGAAGUGAUCACAGGCAGCAUAAAAAAAAUUACAGACUUCCUCAAUUCGUUCGACAUGUCCUGUAGAUCUCGCCUUGCCACUUUGAAUGAAAAAUUAACAUCAUUAGAGAGGAAGAUUGAUUAUUUGGAAGCUUGUGUAACUAAAGGUGAAACCUUAACAUGAAGUAAUCUUUGAUAAAUUCCAUAUAAUUAUAAGCGUUAGACAUAAGUUCAAUAAUGUAGCAAUCACUGAACAAUCUCUACUCUCCAGUAUAACAAAACUGCAAUAAAAUUUGGAUAUUAAAAGUACAUAUUAUAUAUCGAACUACUUUGAAGCAAUGUUAAAAAAUAUGUUAUUAUUAAGACCUGAUAUAGGUAAGGUGUGUUUAAAUUAUUGAAGCCACUGCUUUAGGCAUGAUGAGAUUAGUAUUAGGAGGCACUCUGUGGCAAGAAUGAAUAAAAAUAGAAUUUCUCUCGCUUUCUCCUCUGCUAUCUAUUUAUUUCUUUUAUGUUCCAUUUCUGUUACUUUCAAUGAGCUACACAAGAAUAUCUUUAUUUAUACAUGUCUAAAUUUUAUAUCUUUAAGUUCACUAAACUGAAUCACACAAGAAUGUGUUUAUACACGUUUUGUAUAUGUAUAAAUUUUAUAUAUUAAAGUUUACCAAAAUCAGCACAUUCCAUUUGCAAAAUUAGCUUUGUUGCUGAUUCUUUCACCAAGAAAACAAGUUAAAUAUGUAAAGAAAAAAUGUCAAUUGUAUUAGACUGAACAUGCAUAAAACAAAGUGGUUCUCUUUCUAGAAAUUUAUAAAUAACUAACUGUAACCAAUUUCGCGGAGAGUUGAUGAUGAUUGCCUGAAUCGCGGUAGUGUAUUUGACUACAGACUCAAAGUAGAGGGGGACGGACGAAAAACUGAAACAUAAAUCUAGAAGUACAUUCGAGUGCACAUGUCUGAUGUUUGGAGAAGGAUUCAAUAGAUUCUUACUGUUUUUUUUUCCUACCUAAGCUGAUAGCCUUGAGAGGCUAUAUCAGCGGAACCUUAACAAGUAGGUGAGCUCACGGGGCUCAAACCUGACGACGUUGCUAACACGAACCCUAGCAAGAGCCGUGCUUCGCAGAAUCUACCACCAGAUCGGAAACGCGACCCACUGAGAGGAUCCGGCGAGAAACUCAGUGGGCUGUGUCUGAGGGUUAAUUUACUCGGGUUACUCGGAACGGUGACCGGUGCUUGAAGUACCUAGAAGCACCAUUAGUGGAUCGGGAGGAUCCGAAAUGACGUGUUUGGGGCGACGUCGACUGCUUUCCAUUCUUUUACUGCUUUAAAGAGGUCUACAUCACGGGACACGGACCUUCCGGAAUAAAACUGUCUUAUUAUGUCACAUAAAAUGUAUGGGCUUGCUCCAUAUUGGACUUAAUGGCCUAUGUAUUAUAUAAUUUAAAUAAACUGUCUACCCCAAUGAUGUUAUAGUAAAAAGAGGUAGAUACGUUAUAUUAGUAAUAAUACGAAGUCAAGCUUGUCGCGGCGUAUGUACCUAUAUAUAUUUAUAAACACACUAAACUAUACGAUAUUAUGCGGACGAAUUAAAUCGACAACUAGUUGAUGAUAAUAUCAUAUAGCCGCGUGAGCAGAGUUAACUUGACAAGGUUGUAAUGUGUGAAAAAGAUAGCAUGCUAACUAGCAAGACCGUAAACAAGACGAAUAUAUAUUACGCAGUGUCGUUGCGAUAUCACGACUUACUUCAUAGAUUAACAAUUAAAAUGUCACAGAACUAACAUAAAAGUAUUUGAUGCCUACGGUUUAGUAAGCAGAAUUGAUAUAUUUAAAAUGAACUAUCAUGGAAAUAUCAUGGAAAUGUCCUUUCUGUUACAUUACUCUUUUUAAUCUUGACAGACAUCUCUCUUACACUCGGUGACCGGAGUAUAUGCCGUCGCACUCGAGCCUUUUUUAAUAAAUUUAAGCUAAUAUUUUGGAUUUCUUAAACAAUAUAAAAGCAAAUCAAUUUAAAAUUAAUACAUUCGCAUGACAUGUCAUCCCUAGACUUUUGGGAGUCUUUCUUGUAUAGUUUCUACAGUGUCGCAUAACACAGGACGGCAUUUUAAAGAAAUUUCGCGGAAUAAAAAACACAGUCAACGUUACCAAUGCUUUCACGAGACUAAGCUUGAGUGCGCUAAUUAGCUCAGUUUUACGGCGCCACUUUACGAACUCAAGUAACUUAUCUACCUCUUUUUACUAUAACAUCAUUGGUCUACCCUAUAUCCGCAAUGUAGCUCAAAUUUAAAAUAGAGAUGAGUAAAUUAAACAAGUUUGUUUAAUAUUAAUUAUAUUUGAAUAAAUUAUAACAGUGAUUAUUUUACAAAAAUAGUCCAAUAAAAUAAAUGCACAAAACAUACUAAAUAAUAUUAUGUUCACAAUGUA